CAAAACCCUUUCGCAUCUAAACCCUUCUUCCCCUCCCGGAUUACUCGGCGCCGCCGCUGCCCCCCCGCUUGUUCCGAUCUCCCUAUCGCUCGUGCGGCAGGUCGAGCGCCGCCGCCGCUGCGAUGCUUUCCCUGUCGAGGGUGCUCGCGAGGCGGUUAUUCUCCUCCGCCGCCGCUGGCGCAUCCGAGGGCUCCGCCUCUGCCGCCGCCUCGACGUCUGUGGUGAGGAAGGCGCAGAACCCCCUCGAGGAGUUCUUCGAGGUCGAGAGGAGCACCGAGGAUGACAAGCUCCCUCCCCACUACGGUCGUAGUUGGAAGGCUUCUGAAUUACGCCUGAAAUCUUGGGAUGAUCUUCAGAAACUAUGGUAUGUCCUACUAAAGGAAAAGAACAUGCUUAUGUCUCAACGCCAGAUGCUAAAUUCAGAGAACAUGCACUUCCCAAACCCAGAGCGCAUUUCUAAGGUAAAGAAAUCGAUGUGUCGAAUUAAGCAUGUCUUGACCGAGAGGGCCAUAGCAGAUCCUGACCCAAGGAGGACGGCCGAGAUGAAGCGGAUGAUCAAUGCCCUCUGAUCAAAUCCAUGAACUUCACUUCCUGCACCAAUGGUCCAAAAAGACAGAGCACCUUUAGCUUCUAGAGAGAAUUUGCUUCCUUGUGCUGUAUGUUUCCUUGCCCAGAAGAUGUAUAAGACCCCCUAAUCCUUCAGACAUCUACAGGGCGCUCGCUCCCGCAGCAAGCUCACCAUCGAUCGAUAUCGAUGGCCCCAGCCCGGACGCAAUAAUCUUCUGCUGACGACCUGUUUGCACAAUGCUAUCUAUUAUACACGUGGCUAAAACAUUUCGAGCCUCGUGGAUCAUCAUUGUUUUCGCUUUCGGUUUCUUUCAUCCCUUCAAGUAUGCGCCCUGUUCAUGAGAGCGGCUUAUUUCUUCUGCAGUAAUACUGCAACAGUUUUUAUUAUUCGUGGUACUGUGUUCUGUGGCUGGACAGGAACGUUUCUGUUGGAACAGUGGCAAUGA